UAUGAGAUAAUGUUUUCUUUAAAAUCAAAUAGAAUAAGCGUUAUCCGCAUAGGCAAAGUGCAACAUUUUGUUGAGCAAAACCAAAAAACAAAAACAAAAAAACAGCAACAACAGCAGAACAGAACAACAAACCCAAAAAAAAAAAAAAAAUAAUAAUAACAAGAAAUAUUCAAAACAUAUUUAACAAAUUGUAACAAUAACAACAAACAACAGAACAAAAAAACAGCAAUGGAAAUUAUAGUAAAUGAUUAAAAAAAAAAGAAAACAUAUACAUAUAUACAGCUAUAGAAAUAUAUAUACUACCAUAUAGAUGAGAGACAAAGUAGCUAAACCAAGAACAAUUACAAAUAACAACAACAAAACGAAUUUAUUGGAUGCCACAUCAUUUAUAACAAAAAAACAAAAAGAAAAACAAAAAAUAACAAAAAACAAAACCCAUAUAUAUACACAUAUAUAUAUAUAUAGAUAUAUAACUAGUAUAUACAUAUUAUGAUAUAUAAUAUUGUAUAAACCAGAACAAGUUGAGAAUUAUUGUUGACAACUGAGCAUUACAAGCAGAAUUAGUUAAUGAAACAAAAUGCGAGAAACAUGAAAGCGUAGCUAUUAUAAAAUAUUUAACAAGCUAGACAAACAAAACCAGAUAUAUAUAUAGAUCUAUAUAUAUAUAUAUACAUACAUAUACAUCUAUAUUAUACAUAUAUACAUAUGUAUAGCUGCAGUCAGUGCAACACGUUUUAUAGAAUUUUAGUAAAAUUACAACAACAACAAGAACAAAAACAACAUACAAAAAAAAACCAAUGAAAAAGUGUAAAAAAAAAAUGAAAUGUGAAAGGUAGAAAAGUGAGCUAGUAAAAAUUACUAACGAGAUGAGGCACAUGCAACGACGGAUGAGGUCGGGGGGGAAGGAGAGGCAAGGAAGCUAAGAGCAACAACAUUUUAGUCAAACUAACCAAAACUACGUAAUUUUAGUCAAAGUGCAAAAACAAAGCAAGAGCAACUUAGUGAAAUUAACAAAGAAAUACCAUAAACAAAGUAAAUAAUAUGUAAUUAUAAAAAAAAAAACAGAACUAAUAAUAAUAAUAAAUAUAAUAAUAUAUUGAGGAGAAGAUGUGUGUGAAGCGCAGAGAACAGAGAGAAACAUAUAAUGCAAAAAAAAAAAGAAAAACAAAACAACGUACUGUGUUUAUUUGUUGCCAAAUAUAUAUCUAUAUAUAUUUCUAAUAUAUUAUUGCAAAAACAAAACAGAACAACAACAACAAUAACAAUGAACAUCAAUUAUCAAUUAUUACCGAACAAGAAGAAGCUAAAAGCCAACAAAAAACUAAACUAAAUAGAACUAAACCAAUUUAACAGAAUAACAAAAACCAAAAACAUCAUAUAUGUAUGUUAUGUUAAAUGCAUAUAAAUACUAUAUAUUAUCGUUAUAUACAGUUACACAUAUACAUAUAUGUUGCAUACACACACACAUACACACACACACGCCUACACAUACAUAUGUCGAAUGUGAAUGUUUGUUAUAAAACAAAGUAAAACAAAAACGUUGAAAGAUUGAUAGAACUUCGGCUAGCCGAAUAUUUAAUACUCUUUGCAAAGCAUUUUCGAAGCAAAUACUCAACCAAAAAGAGCAUGCAAAGGGUAUUCAAUUGUUGUUAUAUAAUAUUAUUACACAGAGAAAUGCAGCUAGGAAAAGUGAAAGUAAAAGUGAAAGUGAGAGAUUUUUUAGUUAGAAUAAAAACGCAAAGAGGCCAAACGAUUUGUUGGUUCAAAGAACAAAAGUUUAUACACAUCAACACACACACACACACAUAUAUACACACAGAAAACUACACUCAUCUAUUAUAAUAUUAUAAUAUGCUAUGUUAGCAAAAUUUGUUGUCUGUUGUUGCAAAAAAAGAUGAAAUCAAAUGUCAAAUUGUUAUUACAAAAAACUGUUUUUUGUAACUUCUAUUGUGUGUGUGUAUCUCGAAGGAGGAGGGAGGAGGGAGGAGGGGCAGCAUUGAAUAUGUGUGCAGAACAUGUGUGCCAUUACGUAACUGGAAACAACUCCGCCAAAACAACAAAACAAAAAAGAAAAUGAAAUUAAUAUUAAUAAUAUUGUAGAAAUUCAACUCAGCAUUAACCAAAUGAAAUAACAAAAUUCAAUGCUGCCCAAAAGAGAAAUAAGUUCUACACACACUGAGAGAAAUGAUAUACUCAUUGUUUUUUUGUUCAGACAGAGUUUUAAUUUUCGAUUGGUUUAAACUUGAGAGUUGCUUAACUUAAUUGUACAACAAUAGGAACAAAGCAACAGCAACAGAAACCGAGAAACAGAAACCGAAACAUAGUUAAAAAUGCUAAGAGUGCCAUUAAACCAAUUUAAAUGUAAUAAAUUAUUGAAAUUAUACAUAUUAAUAUAUACAUAUAUGAAAUAUAUAUAUAAAAUAUAUAUAAACAAUUGGAUAUAUAAUAAUAAUGAUGAAGGAAAAAACAAAAGAAAACAAAACCAAUAUAGAAAUAUAUAACAACUAAGGCAGGCAGUUAAAGUGCAACUAAAAACACUUAUAUAUACAAGUUAUGCAUAUAUAUAUAUAUUUUUAGUAUAUAUAUAUAUGCGCAUUAGUUAGGUCCAAACAUUAUUAAAAAAAAAAAACAAACACACAGAUUAAUUAAUUGUUUUCUUUUGAUUGUUUUUUGUUUUUAUAUUAAUAUACAUCAUUAAUUAAUUAUUUUUUUUUUCGUUUGCUUGUUGCAUGUUAAUAACUUAUGUUAUAUUGUUGUAGUCAAAUACAUAGUUGAAAAGUACAAUAAAAGAAAAUUAACAAAUAAUAUAUGAAAAUGAUAUUUAAGAGCACUGAUGUGGCAAGCAAUGCGGCAGGCAAUGCGGCAAGCAAUGCAAAAAGCGUAGCUUUGAGGCGAGCUGCAGCAUUAGUUUAAACAUUUAAACAAACAAGAAAAAAAAAAAACAAUAGCAUGAAGAACAGUUGAAACUCGAAUUGAAAUUAGACAAGUUAUACUUAGAAAAUGAAGUACUAAAAUAUAUUAAUAUAAAAUAAAGUAAAGAAUAAAAGUGCAAAAAGCCAUUGCAAAUUUUCAUGACAUUAACAAUUGAUUUCUGUCAAUUUGUUUGUUAAUUUGCCACAUUCAAAUUAGCUCACAGAAAUUGCAUUAACAAUUUGUCUUGCGUGUUCAAUUUGUGUCAAUUGCAAAAGUACCAAAAAAAUACUUAAAAAAAAAAAAAACAAAAAAAGAAAUAUAAAACGUAAUUAAUGUUAAAAGAAAAAAAAAAUGAGAAAAAAAUUAAUCAUGGACCGCAAGACAAAUUGUCAAUAAUUCGUUGGCUAAUAAGAUUAGUUAAAAAUGUAUAUGAAGGAAAUAAAUAAAUAUAUAUAUAUUUAUUUAGCUUAUACUAAAUAAUUUGUUAAACUAAUUAACUAAGGUUUAUGUUUGCGCGUUCAUUGAAGUAGCUAAAUUAUUAUUAUUAAUUUUUCAUUGUUUGUUGCGCUGUUAAAGCUUAGACUAAUUUUUUUCGAAAGCCAGAGUUAAAAAAUUAUGAAAAAAAUGAAGAGGAAGGAAACAUUAAAUGUUUUUUAUUUUAAUUUUUGUUGCUUUGUUUUUAAUACACACACACACACACCUACACCUACACACACACACACAUUUAUACUGAUAUAAAUUCUCUUUGAUUUUUGUUCAUUAAUUUAAUAAUUAAGUUUUAACUUGUUAUUGUUAAUUAAUAUUUAUAAAAGUUAGUUUAAAAACUAAAAAAAAAAAAAAAUGAAAAUGAAAAUGAAAAAUGUUAGCCUAAAGCAUAAGUUACAAAAUAUACUCCAAAGAAACCAACCAAAAAAUAUAUAUACAACAAAAACACAUACAUAUAUAUACACAUACAUAUAUACAAGGACAUAUAUACAUACAUAAAAAAAAGAAGAAAGAAUAAAAGUAAAAGUAAAAACAAGAAAAUGAAUAUGAAAAAUGAACAAAACCCAGAACAAGUUUUAGUAAAAGUGUAUUUGGAACAAAAUUGCCAUAUAAUGAAUAUUAUACAUACAUACAUACGUAUAUAUAUAUUAUUAUAUAUAUAUAGUCAAAACCAAAUGAGCAGACAUAUAAAACAAUAAUUAAACAGAACAAAACAAAACAAAACAAAAUGUAAUUGUAACAAACGAAUGUUGUUUAUUUUUUGUAGCAUAAUAUUAAAAAUAAAACAAAAAAAAAAAACAAGAAAAUUAAAAAGUGUUUAUAUAUAAUAUAUAUAUAUAUACAAUACAUAUACAUAUAUUUAUUGUUAAAAAAAAACAAAUAAAACCAAGGAAAAGGCGAAAAACAUUAUGAAACAAAUUUAUAUAAAGCAAAAAAAAAAGAAAAGCAAACGCAACUUACAUUGACGAAGCUGAUAUUGUUAGUACCUUAAAACAACAACAACAACAGAAACAAGAUGAACAACAACAAAACAAUUAAUAUUAUUAAUAAUUGUAAUAAUAAUAACGAUAAUAAUAACAACGUAGCAUUAAACGAAAAAAAUGUUGUCGAAAGAAAAACAAAAACAAAAAAAAACAAAUAUAUAUUAUAUGUAAAGAACAAAUUUGAGAUUCUGUUUUUUAGACAAUGCAACCAAGAACAACAAGAACAACAACAAUAAUAACAAGAAGAACAAGAACAACAAGCAGAAAAUUGUUAUUUUUGCAAAAUAUGAAAUGAUGAACUAAGAAAAGGCAUUAUAUAUAUGCAUUGUUUAUAUACACAACAUGUUUGAAAUUUGAUGCAAAGUGGUAACAAAACAAACCCAAAAACAAAAACAAAAAAAAAAAACGUAAUAAAGAUUGAUAUUGAAAUGUUGAAACCCCAAAAAAAAAGAAACAAAAACAAAAAUAUACAAAUCUUUUUAUUCUCGGGUCCUUGGGUUGGAAUCAAUCAGAACUUUCAUCAGAACUCUUGUUAACUAAUCACAAAAUGUUUCUUUUUCUAUUUUUACAGAUGCGCUGAAAAACUGAGGAUACUCAUUAAGAAUAAUAUUCCUUUUUUUUUGUUAAUGUUUAAGUUUUGAAUAGUCAGGUCAAUUUGAAUACGAAUUGCUACCGUUAUUUACAUAGUAGACGGUACUACCUGCAACUAUGUUUAAGAAUGGAAUUUAUUUUCAAGGAAUUACGGUUACGUAAAAUGCUGAAUGAAUUGUGUUAUCUUUUUUUUUUUUUUGGUUUUCUCUUUAAACUACGAUGCUGUGUUUAAUUUUAAGCGCUGAGACCACUUGGACGUUGUCGGUGAAAUCGGUGACAUCGCUGAACAAGAUUGCCAUGUUGCAUGCCACCACCAGAGACGCAGAUGCGGUGCCGCCACAGCAGUCGAGUGUGCACACGUGUCCGCGUUGCGACAAGGCUUACACCUAUAAGAAGAAUCUGUGGCGCCACCUGCGCUUCGAGUGCGGCAGAUUGCCAACGGAGAAGUGUCAGCAUUGUCACUAUGUGGCACGUUAUAAGCACAGCCUCAACAUGCACAUGAAGACACAGCAUCCCGAUCAGGUGACAGCAGCAGGUGCUGCACGUGGCCUUUUUGAGGCGCCACCUGGUGGAAAGUUGAUCUGAAGUGGAAAGAAUGAUUGAUUAUUAAACAUAAACAGAUCUCAAUAUCUCAGUUAAGUGUGUGUGCUAGUGUGUGUGUGUGUGUGUGUGUGCCACAGGUAAGUUUGAAGCACCGACAAAACAAAACGUGUCGAAAUUAGUUAUGCAAAUUUGCAACUUGCCAUUCUAUUCAAAUUGUUAAUAAAAACUGCCUUUUGCAACAAAAUUGAAAUGUGUCAUUAUUGAAUUCUUUAGAACUUAAGCAAAGCGUCACCUUACCUUAAUCUCACUUAAGGGCCACGGUUUAUUCUAUAUUCUAUUAUAUUUAUAAUUCUUGUUUUUUGUCUUGUACUUAUUUUUUUUUUUUAUUCCUUCUGGCUUUGGUGUUUAAGUUUAUUAUGAACAAACAGCAGCACACACAAUACAACAAAACAAAAAAAUGAAACAAAUUUAAUUUAAGCUACGAACAGAAAUUGUUUGCUUGUUUUUUGCAACACGUUUUUGAGCUGAGCGCAGUGCAGAUAAAUGAAAUAAAAUUAAAGUCAUAAAAGUUAUAAAAUUAAAUGAAAUAUAAUUAAAGUGUUCUUCUACGUUUAAGAAGCGGUAAACUUGUGCCAAGCCCGAACAAUCACUAAUAAUUGCCUUCUCUUUUUUUUUGUCGCCACGCCCCUGUUUCCAUUCUCCCGGCCGCGCCCGUCUUUUGCUUGUGUUCCAUU